AUGGAAUCAACAAUGAAUGCAAAUGAAACGUUUCUAUUUACAUCAGAAUCGGUCGGUGAAGGCCAUCCUGAUAAAAUAUGUGAUCAGAUAAGUGAUGCGAUAUUGGAUGCGUGUUUAACUGCAGAUCCUGAUUCACGAGUGGCAUGUGAAUCAUGCACAAAAACUGGUAUGGUGUUAGUAUGCGGUGAAAUUACAACUGACGCAAGAAUAGACUAUCAACAAAUUAUACGUGAUAAAGUUCGCGACAUUGGUUAUGAUUCAUCAGACAAAGGAUUUGAUUACAAGACGAUGAACGUACUCGUUGCUAUUGAACAACAGUCGCCGGAUAUUGCUCAAGCUGUGCAUGAAAAUAAACAUGAUGAAGAUAUUGGAGCUGGUGAUCAAGGACUGAUGUUUGGCUAUGCAACAGAUGAAACGGAAGAGUGUAUGCCACUCACCGUGAUGCUUUCACAUCGAUUAAAUCAAAAACUAUCAGAACAAAGACGAAAUGGACAACUGUCAUGGUUAAGACCUGAUACAAAAACACAGGUGACAGUUGAGUAUAAAUUUGAUCAUGGUGCAUGUGUUCCUCAACGUAUUCAUACAAUUGUCAUAUCAACUCAACACGAUGAAUAUAUCACCAUGGAACAACUAGGAAAAGAUUUGAUGGAAAAAGUGAUUAAACCCGUUGUACCACAAAAAUAUUUGGACGAAAAAACCAUUUACCAUCUAAAUCCAUCUGGAAAAUUCGUCAUUGGUGGACCACAAGGUGAUGCUGGUCUAACCGGUCGUAAAAUAAUUGUUGAUUCCUAUGGUGGAUGGGGUGCUCAUGGCGGUGGAGCAUUUUCUGGUAAAGAUCCAUCAAAAGUAGAUCGUUCGGGAGCAUAUGCAGCGAGAUGGGUUGCUAAAUCAUUGGUGAAAGCAAAACUGUGUCGUCGAUGUCUUGUGCAACUUUAUCAUUUUCGUCAGUGUUAUUAUUAUUUAUCAAUAUUUAUGGAUUCAUUAUCAAAAUUAAAUUUUAGCAGUUAUUUACCGACAAUGCCUUAUAAAGUGCGAGAAUUAGUCGAUAAAGUAACGAACAUCGUCAUGAAUUAUACUGAAACAGAGGCGAAAAUUGUUGAAGCAACAAAUGAUGAGCAAUGGGGACCACAAGGUAAAUUAUUACAAGAAAUAUCUCAGUUGUCUUAUUCGUACGAUUUGUACAAUGAAAUAAUGGGUAUGUUAUGGAAGAGAAUGUUUCAACAAGAUAAAAGAUAUUGGCGUCGUACAUACAAAUCCCUUCUACUCCUAUCGUAUUUACUCAAACAUGGCAAUGAUAAAUGUAUUCAAUCGACUAGAGAACAUUUAUAUGAUUUAAAAUCUCUCGAAUCAUUUGCAUAUACCGACGAACAAGGAAAAGAACAAGGCAUCAAUGUUCGUCAUAAAGUGAAAGAUGUUAUUGAAUUUGUUCAAGAUGAUGAUCGUUUAAAAGAGGAGCGAAAGAAGGCAAAAGCAAAUCGAGACAAAUAUGUUGGAAUGAGCGGAUCGCAACACAAACAUAAUUAUUCAAGUGACAAUUAUAAUGAUAAUAAAUCAUCAGGUGGCAAAGAUAGUCUUGGUGAUAUUGAUGGUCGAUGGCGUUCGACGAAUCCGGGUAUAUUUGAAGAAUCGUUCGGAAAACUUGAAAACUAUGUUCAAAAAGCUAAGGAAUUAGUUAAAGAACAAACAACAGGAACAAAAACAUCGUUUGAAGAACAAGACGAUUCACCGCCACCAUCUACAAUAUCUUCAAAAUCCACAGAAACUCCAAAGAAAUCUUUCUCAUCGUCCUUGAAGAAAGAAACGACAACACCAUCAAAAGUCAGCGAGGUUAAAAAAUCUGUACCAUCUGUUGACGAAGAUUUGUUCUCAACAGGUUUAAAAACUGGAACAUCGUUGCAGUUUUGUGUGGAGAAUCGACGUGAGCACGAUUUGGAAAACCAAAACGGCUUUCCUCAUGAAAAUAUGAAUUUUUUACGAGGAGCAUUACAAAAAUAUAUCGGAAAAAAUGGCUGUUUUGUAUUUCAAUUUACUCCGUAUAUUCAAGCUCCAGUUCUCGAUGCUGAUGAUGAAUUUGGCCAUUUUCAACAAGCAGCUUCAACAACUGUAUCAUCACCAUCUGCACCUACAUCUGUCAUAGAUCCAUUUGAAAGUUUAAUUUCAACUGAUCCUACUCCCACUCUUCUUCAACCUAGUGCAAUAACUUCACCAAUGUCAGAUUUUGAUUUUUUUAUGUUAAAACCAUCUGUUGAAAAUACGGAACAAGUUUUAUCACCAUCAUCAUCAUCCUAUUUUAAUCAACAAUCAACUCAACAGACGCAACAAUUUGAUCCAUUUUUAAUAAAACAAAUUCCUCAAAAUACAAAUUUCAAGAGUGAACAACAACAUUCAUCUAGUGCAAAGUCGUAUAAUAAUAAUACAUGGGCUGAUGUCAAAGGAAAACUUGAUAUUGAUUUAAAUAAUUUGAUUCCUUAUACAAAGGGUAAUAAACAACAACAAGGUUUACCAUUGAAUCAAUUACAAUCACCAACAUCACCCGUUCAACUUCCGUCAUAUUUACUCAAAUAG